AUGUCUGUGACACCGCGAUACGAAGGCAGAGAACUUCGAUUAUCCAAUAUGCACAAUACGACGAACCGCAUCCUCAAGGUUCAAGGAAACCUCAUCAUCAACAAUGUUAGAGCGGACCCUCCGGAUAGCAAUGAGCCCACGGAGGUUCUGCGUCUGAGUGCAGCUGACCUCGGGGAACUUUUCACUCGAAUGGACAUUCAAGAUCAAGGUCCUCAUCGUCAAGAGCAAGAUGGGAGGACUGCGAAAAACCUGAUACAAGGAGCUUGUUCAAACACCGUAGAAGCGCGCCCCGAAUCCGCCGAUCCGCUGCAGAAUGAAGUUCCACAUGACGCCUCCAGUGACGCUCCGAACCCUGACUUGGUAAGGGGGCAACAGAAAGUGCCCACAAGUCUGUUGGAUGAGGCGGGCUGCUACCUUUUACCAGUGAUGGUCAACGGCGAGAAAGAUCCCAAAUGGAGGUCUGAUGCUGGUGACCGGCUGCGUCAAGGCACCGACUUGGGCAUCCGCCGUCUGCACCGAGCAGAUCCUCCGGACCAAGAAGCCUCCCUACCACCGCUUGCGUGGAAAGCUGACUAG